AUGUUCGCGCGCUGGCCCUUGGUCCUUGUGGCCUCCGUGGGCGCAGCAUGGGUGGCACAGAAGGUGAUUAAACUCAUCAUUGUGCGACGAUGGUUCAAGAAUCUGCCUCAACCGCCUGGCCACAAUUUCCUCUCUGGCCAUCUAGCGGCCAUGACUGAAGCCUCGCAGGCUUUCCCGCCUGGAACACAUCCACAGUACUUCUAUACUUACUUGGCGCACAAGUACAAGCUGCCUGGAAUCUUCUACAUUGACCUCUGGCCGCUGGCCGUGCCGCAGAUCGUCAUCACCGAUCCUGAUAUCGCUAUGCAGGUGCUCACCGUGAACCCAUUCCCAAAGCACCCGCAGAUCGAGGUAUUUCUCCAACCAUUCACUGGGAAAGGAAGCAUAGCAGCAUCGAAUGGGGACCGCUGGAAGUAUAACCACCGCAUGGUCGGUGGCGGUUUCACUGCGAGCCACAUCAAGUCCAUGAUAACGAUGAUCUCGGAGGAAGGCUUCACCUUCCACAAUCGCUUCAAGGAGAUGGCCGAGCGCGGGGAUCCCAUUGCCCUCGAGGAAGAGACUUCAAAGGCUAUCUUUGAUGUCGUUGGGAAGAUCGUGUUCGGAUUUUCGCUCGAGGCCCAAAAGACAGGGUCCCCUCUUCUCGAGGAUCUCAGGGCGACGAUCGAUCCUGCCACGGCUGUCUUGUCAAGUUUCAACCCCAUAGCUAGAUACAAGAGCUGGCGCAAGCUGCGCGAUAUUAGAAGGCGCGUUCACGACUCCCUCAGCGCCGAGAUCAGGAAGCGCGGCGCUAUCAUGAAGGACGAGAAGGAGCUCCCGUCCCGACGCAAGGCGAAGAGUAUCAUGGACCGGAUUAUUCUUGAUCGUAUGCAGGAUGAGCCCAACGCGCCCUUGAAUCAAGCGUUUCUUGACGAUGUCAUCACAAAUCUCAAGGCUCUUCUACUCGGCGGCCACGGCACCACUACCAGCACGUUCACAUUUGCCAUCAUGUUUUUGAGCCUCCACCCCGACAUCUUGGCUCGGUUGCGCCAAGAGCACGACGAGAUCUUCGACCCAGACUUCGAAACGACCAUCGAAAUCAUCAACUCAGAUCCCUCUAGAACAAACAAGUUGGACCUGACAAACGCAGUGAUCAAAGAAACCCUUCGCUUUUACCCAAUCGGAUUCACCAUCCGCUCCGCCCCAACCGGCGUCAAGUUCAUUGAGCACAAUGGGAACAAAUGGCCCGUGGCGCACGGCGCGAUGGUGAUCCCCUCGGCUCACAGCACCCAAAUGGACACCUCCUUAUGGAAAGAUCCCAACUGCUUCAGGCCGGACCGGUUCCUCGGGGAGGAGGGGGCGAGCCAGCACCGGUUUGCCUGGCGCCCCUUUGAGCGGGGUCCCAGGGCGUGCAUCGCGCAGGAUCUGGCCAUGGACGAGCUGAGGGUGAUGCUGCUCCUGGUGGUACGAUGGUUUGACUUUGAGCUUGUCAACGAGAUCCAGAACAAGAAGCCGCGUGUUGGGUUUAUGGAUCUGGAUGAGAGGAUUGGCGAUCUGGCGUUCCAGGUCGUGGGGAUGGAGGCGAAACCGAAUAAGGCGAUGCGGUUCAAGGUUCGGCGUAGUGGAAGAUCUUGA